CUAUAAAGUGUAAAAAAUUAUUGUAAUAGAUGUUGGACAAAGAAUUAUUUAAUAUUUAUACUUGAUCCCAGAAGCGAGGAGAAGAAUGUAAAUUUUCUAUUUCAUUUGCACGGUAAAGGUAACAAAGAAACAUAAAUAUAAAUUUCAAAAAAUAAAUCGUCAUAUAGUCUAAAGUAAAACAAGAAAAUGGGUAGUCCAGAACGAGAAUUAUGUCCUCCACCUUCUGAGGAAGAUGAGCUUACGCUUCCACGAGCAAGCAUUAAUAAAAUGAUAAAGGAACUAGUGCCUUCCGUUCGGAUUGCUUUCGAAUCGAGGGAGUUGAUUUUGAACUGCUGCACAGAAUUUAUUCAUCUUAUUAGUUCAGAAGCAAAUGAAGUGUGCAAUCAAAGUAAUAAAAAAACAAUAAAUGCUGAGCAUGUACUUACAGCUUUAGACAGAUUAGGGUUUAGUGACUACACUGAGGAAGCAGAAGCAGUUUUAAAGGAUUGUAAAGCUGUAGCUGCUAAAAGAAGAAGACAAAGUACUCGUCUGGAAAAUUUAGGAAUACCUGAAGAAGAAUUAUUAAGACAACAGCAAGAGCUUUUUGCAAAGGCUCGUGAAGAACAAGCAAAACAAGAACAACAACAGUGGUUGUUACUACAACAACAAGGCCUGGUGGGCCCUGAAGGUGUGCCACAGCCCUAUGUUCCACCCCCUGCAGCCAUUAAACCUGAAGACGAGGAAGAUGAUGAUUAUUCAUAAGCACAUUGUUAAGACAUAAGGCAAAAUAUUUUAAACAAUAAUAAGGGUCAUAUUUA